AUGAAGGCCGUGGCAGCUAUUCCAGCCCUUUUGGCGGCCCUCUCUAUUGCUAGCCCCUUGCAAGCCCGCCAGUUACCGGAUCACUUUGACAUAAAUGGCUUUCUUGUACAAUGCCAGACCUUUACCUGCUGGGUAGAGUUUGGCGUGUCUCUCCCUGAUAGGUCCGGAGGCUGCGUUGUUACUUUCCCGGGCAUCAGUGAAGGUAUACCAGAUACGCCGCAACGGUCCGUGUGCGACCAACCCGAUAUCGGUUAUGAAGUGAUUAUGCACGAUCAAGGCUUUGGGGGAAUCGAUUUCUCGGUUAACUGGAAUUAUGCGUCUGGCAAAUAUCUCGUGGGCAAUCAUUCCAUCCCUGGAAGCCAGUGGCAGGCGUUUGCCGAUGGCGCGGCGACUCUAUACGCCUACACGGGUCCAUCAGACUUUUCUAUUACCGACUUACAGGAAGCUUCGAGUAUCUGA